AGCCGCUCUGGGGUUUGCAGCCGCUGCACAGCGCCAGACCGGCUUCGGCCGGCGGGGGGCAGGGGAGCGCAGCCGGCCCCGCCCCCAGCCGGCGGUCCUCAGGAUUGGCCCGUGUGGCCGUCCUUCAGAGCUGGUGGGCGGGCCGAGGCUGGCGUGGGCGGGGCCGAGACUGUGGCAGCAGAACGCUCUGAGCAGCGCAGGGAGUCACACACUGGCUGGGCGCACGCGAGGCUGAACCCGCCGCCGCACGCUGCUGCAAAGUCCUCCGAGGAGCGGCGAGCGCGGUGGAGGCUGAGGCGCCGCUGCAGGAGCCGCCGAUCGCCGGAGUCCCCCAGCACACCCAGCGAGGCCCCCGUUCUCUGCAGUCCCCAGAGCGGCUCGCGAUGCCCCCGCGCAAGAACGCCAAGGGCGGCGGCGGCCACAGCAGCAGCAGCAGCGGCAGCGGCUCCGGCAGCGGUAGCCCGAGCACGGGCAGCAGCGGCAGCAGCAGUAGCCCGGGGACGCGGAGAGAGGCAAAGCAUGGAGGACACAGGAAUGGGAAGAGAGGAGGAAUUUCAGGAGGCUCCUUUUUCACGUGGUUCAUGGUCAUCGCAUUGCUGGGCGUCUGGACGUCUGUGGCCGUCGUAUGGUUUGACCUUGUUGAUUAUGAGGAAGUUCUAGCCAAAGCAAAGGACUUCCGUUAUAACUUAUCAGAGGUACUUCAAGGGAAACUAGGAGUCUAUGAUGCGGAUGGAGAUGGAGACUUUGACAUGGACGAUGCCAAAGUUCUAUUAGGCCUGACCAAAGAUGGCAGUAAUGAAAAUAUUGAUUCUCUUGAGGAAGUCCUUAAUAUUUUAGCGGAGGAGAGUUCAGAUUGGUUUUAUGGUUUCCUCUCAUUUCUCUAUGAUAUAAUGACUCCUUUUGAAAUGCUAGAAGAGGAAGAAGAAGAAAGCGAAACCGCAGAUGAUGUUGAUGGUACGUCGCAGAAUGAAGGGGUUCAGGGAAAGACCUGUGUCAUUUUGGAUUUGCAUAACCAGUAAGCCUUGAUUCAGGGACGAAAACCACUGGGUUGUCAAACGGAGCAGCCUCCUCCUCCCCCUUUGCUUAUGCAGGGCUCAGCGGUUCCGUGGGGCAGUUGUGACUUCUGAUAAGUGUCAACCAUGUGAUCCUGCCCAGUACAGCCACUUAGCUAGUCCCCUCGCUCUGCUGGCUCCCUCCACGCCUAGAAAGGAAGUGGCAUUCCUCCUUCCUGUAGCUGUUCACAAAGCACUGGACAUGAUGUUCUUGGUCGUAUAAUUGGUUUCUGUAUCAUUUUGUUUCAACUUAUGUAUUCACUGAACUAAACUGAAAAUUGUGUUGUAUUUAACCCUUGAUGCUUGUCUUUUUAACGCUCUACUGAUCAUUCUAAUGGGAGUGAAUCUAAAAAUAUGUCUGGCAUGACUAAUAAUGCUUCUCUGAUCUUUAACUUGCCUGCUGUAUAGUGAAAGCUCUUUAAGAAGCUGGUACUUUUUAAUCUGUAAUUUCGUUAGGUUAAUUGACUUGUCAUAUAAGUUCCUACAAACUUAUUAAAGUUCUGUAUUAAUGGUGCUUUUGCGAUAGUUUAAAAAUAAUCCCAUGUUUUUGCCUUAGGGUAGUGAAGUUUCUGAAUUCACAUACACAUGUAUGUGGUUACACACUAACAGGUCUGAAUAUGUCUAUUUCUGAAAUCAGAAUUCAUUUCAAUUUUAUUUUCAAAUAUACAUCUAGAGAAGGUAAUCUGUAAUUUUUUAAGGUAGCAUAUUAUAAAAGAGGGACAGUGUGGAUGUGCGCCUUGCAUAACGUUGUACACUGAAACUGUCCAUCCCGAAGUAGCUUUUUUCCAUUCUUUCCACUAACUUAUUAGCUGUUGAUUUGGGGCUUAGGUAUAAAAUGAUGUUUAGACUUAUAAAUUAAAUUCAUUAAAGUGGUUCUUCACUUUUAGGAGAUUUUUUCCCCCCAAAUAGGAACAUAGCAAUAGCUUUGACUUAGCUUUUUGAAAUUGAAUUUGCUUCAGUAAUACAAAGUCAGUUGUUAGAUAUAUAUGAAUCCAUUUGACUUAUUUGUUUCUUCAGUGACCAGCUGUAAGCUGGAAUAGAGUGCCACCUAAGAGAUAUAGUCUUGCUCUUUGAAGGACUGUCAGCGUGUUUAGUUCCCUUUGAGAGUCUCCUAAAAUUCUGCUCAGCUUUGGGUUCUCAUGCAUUUUAAACUAGAAGACACUGGUGUUUUAAUCAGUUUAAGUACCAUUAAAAAUUUUUUUUAUACAUUACUUUCAAGUAAGCAGCUCAUUCACACAUUUGUUGUGGGAAUAACGUGGCACCUUUUGUUUUGUAAUUAUAAAAUGCUGUCCCGAGAAGUUUCUAAAAUCAGAACACAGGGAUUCCCUCUCUCCCAACUAUAGCUACUAUUGUCUGUGGUUGCACAUGCCAGUCAUGGACCAGGGUUUCCCAAAACUUAAACGGUUGUUAAGACUCUAGUUUUUCUCAUUUUUGUGUUCAAGCAGUAUGCUUCCUCGGUUAGUGUGGCCUUGCUCAGAAGUGUUCGAUGCUCAACUAUAGGAACACUUCAACUCAGCCCUCAACGAGUGUUCUUUAAUAAUCUUUCUCAAAGCUAUUUGAGUUUUCCUCAUGAUCAUGUCUUAAUUCAUUUUGAAUUCAACGACUGUGAAGUAAUCAAAGGUUAUUAGUUUUAAAUUCACAAUCUUAGGUCCUACUCUCAAUAGAAGCCACUUACUCAGUUGGCUGAGAAAAAUUCUUCGAAUCAAUUUUGUUCAUGUGUCCUGACUACUAACUAUGGAUGAUGAAAUGAAUAAUUGAAUUGAUGUUAAAAUGUCUGUAAUUUCUCCUCAGGUUUUGUAUUGUCGUGAUACUAAUGCACACUUUAUGUACAGAAAUUAAUUAUGCCCAUUUUCCCAAUUGUAAAACAAGUGUGUGACAUGGUAACUUCCUGACAAUUUUAUUGGUCCAUUUGGAAAACGUUUAGUGAUGAUCAAGUACAGGCAGCUGAUGAACCCCUUACUUCUGUGACCUCCUUCAACUUGUGUCUACGGCUUUUUUUUGUGUGUGUGUAUGAGAAAGAAUAAAAUUAUUCGCAAAAAUGUGGUCUAAAGCAAGCAUAAACUUUUCUUAAGUGUUACUGAAUACAUAUAUCUAAGUUGUGAUUUUUUUUUUUCCUAAGGGUUUACUUUGUAAUUCUGUUUCAUAAGAUAUUUUCUUGGUUCGUGUCUUAAGCUUAUGGGCCUACUUUGAAAGGCAGCUUUGUAUUCUGUAUAUAUGAGUGUUUAUUUAGUUGUAGAGUUGUAAAUUGCUGCAUUAACUCUGCUCUUUCUGUUUUUAUCACCUACAAAACUGGUGUGUGCUGUGCUGUUAAUGCAGCCCUGGCUCCCAAAGCUGCUUUCUUGCCUGCUCAUGUGCUGUGCCACUUUUCCUGUUGAAAAAUCACUGGGAACGGGAGCUGGAGAUUCUGUGCUGCUCCUUGGCUACUUUCUGCUGUUCUUUCCCUUGGAAUGUUAGUGAUGAGUUACGAGCAGGAGCGUUUUCUAGGAGCUGACCUUACUAACUCAGAAGCCUGGCUGUCAGUGUCCUGCUCGUGGAUCCUGCAGAAACCACACAUGGGGUGCAGUGCUGGCUGGUCCUGCUUGUACAUCUCAACCUUGAGUCUUUUUCUCUACAAAUUGCUCCCUGCCUUGCCCAGCCCUGUGCAGACAUGUAAGAAAAGUAUUUUCAGUAUUUGAACCCUGGUUGGUGUGUAUUUAUCCCUAGUUAUUCUGACUAGUGUUUCCUCAGCUCUCUUACUAUCGGCAACUUUCUAGGACUUUGAAAGCGUUUUGAAAGCGUUUAGAGACCGCUGCCCUGUUGCUUGUCUUAUUGGUACUCAUGGCCCUUUUUUAAGGAGAUUGGGGGCUAGCUCCAUAAAAUGUAAAACGAGCUUUCUGUGGCGUGGGCUAUGGAACUUUUAUUAAUUGUGAUGAGUAUCUGUACACUGAACAAGGAAUUCAGUGACUGUGUUCAUACGAUAGUCCACAGGGCAAGAAUGCCGUGUUUUUCCUGUAUUUGCUGAAAAGCCUGCCAUACCCUAAGCGUUUAUCAGCUAGAUUGAGGGCUUCUUCAACGUAGGAGGUGGGUGUUGGACUCUGUUUGAUGCUUCAACCCCGAGUCCAGCAUGUGACAUCCACUAUCACAUCCACAUCAUUUGCUGAUGUCAGUCUCGUGAGCAGGAGCCUCAGGUGUUUCCAUCAUGUACAAAAACACUGAGGGACUAUUCUUUGCCAAAAAAGUAAUACUGAAAGAAAGGCUUCUUUUUUUUAAACCCCACCCCCCCAAGAGAAGUGGCAUUUUGAAAUUUACUCCAUUAGUUAGUGCCACUGUUAGUGGCAGUGCUAACACAGGCCAUGAAAUGGUCUUCCCACUCACUGGCAUGCUUGAGUCUGCUUUCAUACAAACUUGGUUUCUAGACGAGAAUCCCUGUGCUCGGAUUCUCCUGUUUCACCCGUCUAUCUUACUGUGUUGGGAUGACCCUCCCUCACAUUGAGAAGGUGUGUCCCUGUAUUUUCAGUUGUUAAGUGCUGGCAGGAUUUUGGUGCUGUCAUUUCUAUGGCCGGUCACCUGUCAUUUAUUUGUAAAUUCUUGUCCAAGUCCUCACCUGUGAAAGGGCAACCCUUAAGAGAUGGGUCUGGUGUUGUGGAGCUGCUGGUUGGUUCAGAGUAGGAUGUGAGCUUUUGUCUAAGGCCUAGAGCUGGGGCAGGCCCUUCCAGCCAAGAUCCCAGGCAGAUGUGAGGAGAUGAGACAUGGAAGAAAGCAGAAGGGAGAUAGAGUAGGAAGAGGCAGGGAGAGCCACGUGGAGAGAUGGUAUGGAGGACAACUCAGUAGCUAAGCAAGAGACUGCCCUAAAAAGGCCAACAGCUUCAAACUAUGUAGAAGGCUCUCUGUCUUAAUUAAACCUCAGGCGGGAUUUGUCAAAGCCUGGUAGUCUUACUGAGUUGCUUUUCUCACUGGUGGAUUUCUUCAGUCUCAGCCCAGCUCUUAAAAAGAAAAUAGGUACAAAAUCUCUGCGUGCAUUUUACCAAGACUUGACAGAAGCUAGGCAGCCAUAUCUACUGGUCCAUUGGACCAUUCCUUAAAACUGGUUUAGUGUAGUCCACGUUGAGAAUGGGUUGAGUGUUCCAGUAUAGGAAGGAGGUUGGUGAGAAACUGAGACUCAUAGUGAUCAUGGUGGUUUCUUCAGGGAGAAUGGGAGUGGCCAGGUGACCUCAGUGGAAGGACAGGUACAGAAAGGACCUGUAGCCUGAAAGAGCUACUUCGAUGUCAUAAUAGAGCCAAUCUCCUAAAGUCCUCUGUUCUGCAUGUGGCAAAGCCGUGGAUCCAAACUGCUGGCUUAAUCAUUAACACGUUUUAACCUCAAAGCAGAUAUUCGAUUUUGAAAAUGUGUUUGCAGUAAUGCCUCCAUGACAGUUGCCAAAGGAGUAAAUUAAACUACACAAUUCUCUCUAACGGAAGAACAUAAGGCAUUUCAUCUUUCCAAAUUUCUGUGGAAGAGUUCCCAGUGAUUACAUAUGUAAACAGCAGUUGCCAUAAACACCACCAGAGUAAAUGUACAGUGACUGAUGACAGGGGUGUGGAUGUGGGGGAGGGAGGAUUUCAGAUUACAGUUGCUGUGUUGUUUUAGGUUCUCUUAGUGUUUCCAUCAAGACUGCCUUAAGUUGGGAUGCCCUCUGUCAGUACUUGCAUCCAGGUGGAUUUCAAAUGGGGGGGAGGGGGGGGCGCGUCUCAGCAGUGCUUGGAAACUAUUUACACAGUUGUAAAUAAUAUUGGCUUCUUUUAUUGUUUAACAGAAUUCCUUUUGUCCCCCGGGGCACUACCGUUGGUAGUAAAGAGAGAAAAAGAGAAAGUGAAGAUGUGUUUGUUGACAUAUCACGCUGCUUUGAAUCCACAGCAGCCGGAGGCAAUACAAACAGUAGUGAUUUAUGCCUACUGACCCUAUGAUCUUCCUGCUUACCUCUAUCCAAGCUCCUCUGCCAUCCAAGGUCUUUGUAUUCCUCUGCAGAUGUGGUUUUCUUUUUUGCCCUUUUUUUCUUUUUCUUUUUCUGGUGGACCCUGGCUUUGGUUCCACUGACCUCUGCCUUUAUUCUUUUCACCAUAGAAUUUCUUUGAAGCCAUUGCUUCUUCUUCAGAUAUUUUUUUUAAAGAAUGCUGGUUCCUAACUUGAGCCUUUCCUUAGUCUACUUCAGCCUGUCUUCCCAUAAUUCUCCUCCCAGUAGCUCAGCUGCGUCUCUCUCUUGCAGCCACUCCUGUUACACACACGUCCGUCCCCUGCAGUUUGAAACACACAGAUUUAGAUAAACACUUCCAACUCUUUUCCUUGUUUAGCUUCAUCUUGAGACUAGCCCAUGGUACCACUUCUCCUGAGGAGGUAAGGGAGACCCUCCUGAAGAAGUUGGGUCUUGGGGUCACUUUUCUUUUUCAUUGCCACUGCCCCUUUUCCUGGAAAACCAACCUGAAGAGGCUCAGGUAACAGGAACCAACAUUACUUAGCAGUGUGCAGGCUUUUGUCCUGCUAUGUUCUGACGUUCAGAACCCAAUUUCUCUGAUCCCGCUCUUCUAUGUUGUUACUCAGCUGGAGUAGAGGGUGGUCAUCUGUUAAUUUCUUAUUUUCCAAGGGCUUGGAUCUUUCUUUUCCAUUCCCUUUCCUUUAGAAACUAAGUAGGAUAGUUGUCAGUUAAUUGGUUGUCCUUAUCUUUUCAUCUUCAAAGUCACUGUGUGUGUGUGUGUGUGUGUGUGUGUGUGUGUGUGUGUAUGAGGGGGGGGCGACUCAGAAAAAAGUAGCUUAAAUGGAUGCUUGGAACUGUUGGAUGUUAGUUGCACUUGGAUACUUUGUAUCACUUUGAUGCCUUAAACCAAAUAGUACAAUAUUCUUUCAUAGGGUUUUAAAAUCCUGGUGCUAAUCUAGUGUUCUGGGUUGUUGGUGAUUAAGUUUUAACUGGCAUUUCAUCAGUGUAGCUCAUUUGGGUUCUAGUGAGCAGAUGUGGCGAGUAGAUGGUCUGAUUUUCUUUUUCCCACUUUACAUUUUGUGGGAAUCCAGGCUAUGAUGGAAACAGCAUUGGAAGGGGCAUCCACAGUACUAGACUGUCAAUGCUAUAUUCUCAUUCUUUUAUACAUUAAAACUUAAAGGUUAGUGUUACAGAAGUAGCUUUGGUAUUUUAUUGUGAAUUAACUAAACUUGUUAGGCAGUGCUCUCUGACAGUGUUUCUUACAUAGUGGAGUACUGUUAUUGGUUGUAUUUUAAAGGAGUCAGGCUUUGCCUUUGGAAAGUGAUUGUUCUUCUGAUGCUGUUGUUGGGUCUCCUGUGUAUUUCAGGUAAUUGUACAGAAACAGCCACAGAGAGCAAUUAGGGAACCAUUCUCCUCUCCCCUCCUCCCUCCUUUCUUUUUCCUUUGAAUGCAGUCAAUGGCACGGCAUUCUCAGACUUUGCCUCUCCAGAAGGAUGAUCAAAACAUUUUAACUGUAAUAAAUGACCGUUUUCAGAUGGGCUGUCUCACAAGUAAAGAAAGUGGAGGAAGUUAAGAGCGGAUUAUGUGAACAACAAAACCAACACAAGAACACCUCAUUCCUGAAGUGGGGUUGUGACUGGAGUGUGGGGAAACAAUGUUUUUGUUUUCUAAGUAACAUUGUAUUGUAGUUUGUAGUAUGGUUAAACCUCCGGCUUAGGGUUUCUGUUUGUUACCCCCCUGGUUUAGCUGAUGGGUAAUCAGUUGUAAAUCCCUUCCCUUUCCAUGGUAAGACCGGUGUCUACUACCUGAUACACCCAAGAACUGGAUUAGCAGCUUAUAAUGCCACAUUAGAAAGCUUGCCAAUAUGUGAAUAUAAAAUAACAUUUAUAUAAGUGGGAAAUAGAAAAGGAAAAUCAAUUGAAUGAGAUGUAAGUACAUCCCUGUUGGAAAAGAGUAUGCCGAAAGCAUAUGGUAUUGAUGUUUGUUACAGGGUCAAAAAGAAACCUGUUAUCGGAAAAUUGAUUUUUCAAGAGGGGAAGUACAAAAGGGCUGCAGAACUUUUAGAGCAGUGAGCAAAUAUGACUCACCUAAUAAUGUAGUGUUUGCUUAUGUAACUUUAAAACACUAAAUGUGAAAUGACAGAGAAAAACAAUGCUUUUUCGAAGAGUAAAAUUCUAUCAGAAUAGCUGUUGUGGUCAGCAGUGUGAUGCAACAUGGUAACGAGGGCCUUUACAUGGAUGGUCUUUGGCUUGAGACGUCUACUGCCUGCAGAAAGAGGGGUCCUGGCAGUGGCAAAGCCAGAGUCUUGAAGAUCUAAUGCAAAUUAUGAUGCUGACUGGCUCUGUAGGUUAGUUAUAAUGGAGUCCUCUUAAGACUGUCUUUGUUGAAGUCUUAAGAUUAUGUUUAUGACUGAUGUUUGUUUACUGUCCUUUGAAUGGUGAACUUAAGCACUUUAAUUUAUGUCAUAGAGACAUCAGUUUAAGUUAGUUUAUAAGUACUGAAUUUAAAAAAAAAAAUAAGUACUGAAUUUUAAAUUCCUCAACAGUUUGUCUUCAUAACCUCUUUUUGUCUUGUAAAUACCAACAGAAGGACCUGGUGGUUUAGCCAAGAGGAAAACUAAGGCUAAAGGUAUUAUCUUCUAUUUUGUCAAGCAGCCCCUGGUGAAUCAAGUCCAUGCUUGAUGGUGCAUGACGUUUCUAAUGGAAAUGCUGCCUCGGUUAAUAAUACCGCUUUUUCAUUUGGGCUCACUUUGUGUUAUGAGUAGCUUUUUGAAGACUAAAUUGAAGGCUUUUGCCUCUUCUAGCUAGCCUGUAAUUUUAAUUAAUUUCCUUUUCAUGUUACCAGAUCUUUCUAACAGCUUGUUGAUUAAGAGUUUAUCAACAUAGCUGACUCCAUUUGCUAAAUUUAAAUAUGUACAUGUUACCUUGCUGCCUUAUACCCUUCUUUGUCUGAGUUUUUUUAAAUUACUGUACAAUAGAGAAUCUACUAGCAAUUGAUUUCAUUUCUCCCAAAGCUGUGAGGAUAUUGUCCUAAAGUGCAAUAAAAUCUAGUGUGAUCUAACACUAAAAGUUAGGUUUAUAACCUAAAGCACUGAAUUGUUGGUUUGAAUUUGCUGUGUUUGAUAGUCUAGUGCAUUAAAAUUGCUGUACCUUUGUGAUAGUCUAUGUAGACUAACAUUGCAUUAUUACUGCCUGUGUAUCCUUACAUAUAACCAUUGAUGUUCUUUUAGGGAGAGGGGCAUGGAAGGCAUGCAUGGUUUUCUUUAAAAACCUUGGAACAGUUUUUUUGUGUGUGUGUAUGUGUGUAUGCAAGUGCUAGGAAUAUUUGUACAUUUGUAUAUGUUCAAGCCAUUAAUAUGUAAGACUUGCUCAGGGAUAUGCAGGAUUUUUAAUUGCAUUUUCAGCUUUAGGAUGAGAAAAUUUUAAUUUCUAACUCGUGUCCCAUCAAAAUAAUUUCCAAGAAGAAAAUAAUUUCUUACCAUUUUAUGUAACCCACGUUGAACUAAAUUGCCAAUAAAUUAUAAUCACACCUCCUGAUCUGUUAAAUCAUUUUAAGCAUUAAAGGUACAAUUUAAAAAAAAAUACAGUGCAGACUAACGCGUGACAGCAGUGUGCAAACGUUUCACGGUUUUGCCAUUUUCUGUUGGUUAGUGAGCAACCUUAAAGUGAGGCGCAGGCUUGCAGGUGGGUUCUGAAUGAGUUUGAAUCUAUGUGUUUACAGAGGUUCAAUGAAUUUUUUGUUAAUGAAACUCUAAACAGACUGCUUUAGAGAAGCAGUGUCUUCAGUGAACACCGAGUUCACCUUGAAUGCCCUUUGUGUUAUAUGAAUUUUAGGUAAAUUUUGUUGGGGCAAACAUCUCUCAUGUUUUAUUGUUUAGAUUUUUCAUUUUAUUUUUGACUGCCUAAAUCCUGCACUAUACAGCAAGAAUCUUUAUAAUUCUCAAAUGAGAGCAGGACGUGACAUAUGAAGCUUUUGCUAGCUGCUCAGUUAAAUGUUAUAAAAGGUAAUGUGAAAACAGUAUUCUAUCUGAGACUUGGAAAUAGCUAUACUCUUCAUUCAAUUGCUGUCUCUCUCCCUAAGAGUCUGGAGGGUGUGUACAUUGACCUGUGUGGCUUUCUAUAAAUUAACACAGAAAUGUACUUAAAGAAAGGAAUAUUGAUUUUAUGAUGUUGACUGUGAGCAUACCAUUACAAAUGUUACAAAUAACAAAUUUUACAAUUUUUUAAUAUGUGGAUUUUUUUGUGUGUGUGCUGCCAAGAAUUAAAUGAUAUUUAACUUAUUUUUGCAUUUCUUUUCUCAAGGCCUGUAAACAUAACUGUUAAGGACAUGAUGCUUUGUUUAAGCUGAAAGUUUGUAAUUAUCUUUGUAUAAAAAUAAGCUCAAGUUUGUCCUCACAUUGCUGGCAUUCCUUGUGACAUCAUAGUUAGUUAACCCUUCACUGCCCUUAUGGGUAGUUUCACCUUGUUAAUGUUGCAUGUCUGCCAGUGUUAAUGCAAGUCAGACCGUAUUUUAAACUGGAAAAAAUAAGAUAAGAUAGUCCAAAAAUUUCUUUCAUAGCUAAUAUUUUAUAGAGGUUUAUAUGUCUUUCUCUACAUUUGAACUGGUAGACUAACUUGUGAAUGAGAACAUUCCAGUGGGUAGGGUGGGUGGGGACAAGGCAGUACUUUACCUCUAAGCCACCCUUCUGUGAUUUAAGAGGUAUGGUCAGUAAACAUUUUCUCCUUUGAUUGGAAAACCUGAAAGCUAAAGAACCCACCAAAGAAGAGCUCAAAAAGGAGAGAGAGAAAGCUGUGCCUCGAAAGGCUGAAGAGAGAAAAAGGGGAAAGAAGGAGGAGGAGGAUGCAAGGAAGGGGAAGAAGAAGACUGACUCAGACACAUCUCA